AUGACAGUCACCAGCACAGGUCUGAGCUCCACAACUCAGGCCCAGAAAAAGCAGGUCAAGAGACGUCACAGACGCAAAAGGAGCAGCUGCACCACCUUUGACUGCGUAGAAUCUAAUGGCAAACAGGAACAGAGCGACCGCAGUCUCAGCUCUGACCGCAGUGAGCUUGGGGAGAAGAGGGAGCGCUCCUUCAGGAACCGCAGGGAGCUCCCUCCCCGACUCCGCCACUCAGGUGCCCCGCAGUCUGAGUCGUCCACUGAAGACGAGGCAUGGCGUGAGGCCCGCAGCUGGAGCAAGGAGAAAGCUCGAAGGGCACGUCGCCGCAGCGUGAGCAGCCGAGAGAGGGACACAACGAAUGGGUGCAAAGGAGAAGACAAGGCAGAGAAAAUGGAACUGCAGUCAGUGGACUCAGAUGAAGGAAAAGAGAAUCAGCCUCUGGUGGAAGACGGUGGAGGCCUUAAGAAGCGUCAUAACAAUAGGAGCUCAGUGAAGAGAGACAGUGAUUUUUCACACAGAGAAAGAUCACGGAGCAGAGAAAAGGACAAGAAGAAAUGUAAGUCACAGAGCCCUAAAGGCAGCUCUUCAUUGGCAGAAGAUGGUGAGGAGCUCAUCACCAAGAAAUACCAGGAGAAGGGCUCAGGAGGUGGGGACAUGUCGGUGCCCACGGCACAGAAACACUGCAGUAUGAACGGGGGCACAGCACAGCCCUGCUCAGAUGAUUCUGAGAUGGAGGUCUGCAGGAUCUGCCACUGUGAGGGGGAUGAUGAGUGCCCACUGAUAAUGCCAUGUCGCUGCACGGGGAGCCUGAGUUUUGUCCACCAGACAUGUCUUAACCAGUGGAUCAAAUCCUCAGACACUCGCUGCUGUGAGCUCUGCAAAUUUGACUUCAUCAUGGAGACGAAACUCAAACCUCUGAACAAGUGGGAGAAGCUACACAUGUCCAAGAGUGAGAGGAGAAAGAUCUUCUGUUCAGUGUUGUUUCACCUCAUAGCAAUAGUGUGUAUGUUGUGGUCUGUCCUCAUACUGAUCAAGAGAACCGUUGAGGAGAUCAGACUUGGGAAGAACGGUGUGCUGGAGUGGCCCUUCUGGACCAAGCUCAUUGUGGUGGCCAUAGGCUUCACGGGGGGUCUCAUCUUCAUGUACAUCCAGUGUAAAGUCUACCUGCAGCUGUGGCGCCGCCUUAAGGCUUUCAACCGCAUCAUCACCGUCCAAAACUGCCCAGAGAAAAACCUGCACACCCCACAGGCCUGCCCGAGCGCCCUCACCAACGGCAAGCACGAAACUGUGGAGGUCCCCGACACCCCGGCCCCCGCACCGGCCCCACAGGCUCAGGUAGACUCAGAUAUGUCUGUGGAGGCUGCAGUGGCUCCAGAGCAAAACCCCGUCUGA